AUGAUUUACACUAAAUACGUUGAAAUUGGACGCGUCGUCUUCAUCAAUGAUGGACCAUUCAAGGGAAAACUUGCCGCCAUUGUUAAUGUCGUUGACGGAAACAGAAUUCUCGUCGACGGACCAACUACUGGAGUAAAACGUUCAGUUAUUAAUCUUAAAAAGAUUGCUUUAACUAAAUUUAAGCUUCCACUCCGUGUUGGGCAACGUACUGGAAAAGUUCAAAAAGCUUUUGAAACCAGCGGUGUUGUUGAAGCCUUCAACCAAACUAGUUGGGCUAAGAAGAUAGCUGCUAAGGAAAAACGCGCUAAACUUAAUGACUUCGAAAGAUACAAGGUAAUGAAAAUCAAACAAUUUAAGAAUCGUAUUAUUGCUCAUGAAUUCAAUAGAUUAAAGAAAGCUGCUAACAAGGCUAAAUAA